AUGGUUCACGCUACGAGGUGGUACAACCUGUACGUUGCCGUAGUUGCGGCCCUGUGCAUGGUACUCUACGGUUACGAUGCCUCCGUCUACAACUCCCUUCAGGGAUCCGACAACUGGUUCGAGUGGGUGGGCUUGGACAGGGAGAAUACGCAAAUGAUCGGCUUGAUCAACACAUCCUAUACCAUCGGUGCCAUUGUCGCUGGUUUCUUCCUCGGUGGUCCCACCGCCGAUUACCUCGGCCGUCGUUGGGGCAUGUUCAUCGGCUGCGCCCUUACCAUCAUUGCCACCAUGAUGCAGACAUUCACGCCCAAGGGCAAGAUCUCUGUCUUCAUUGUCGGCCGUGUCAUCAUCGGUAUUGGUCAAGGUCUCGCUCUCACUGCUGCCCCUGUCUACAUCGGCGAGGUCGUCCCCGCGAACAUUCGUGGUAUGGUCAUGACCAUCUGGCAGAUGAACUACUCUGUCGGUAGCUUCAUCGCUUACUGGAUCAACUUCGCCUGUUCCAAGCACCGCGAGAGCCUCGGAGAGUGGGAUUGGAAGAUGGUUGUCAUCUUCCAGGCCAUGAUCCCCACUCUGAUCUGCAUCGCUAUCAUGUUCAUCCCCGAGAGCCCCCGCUGGCACAUCCAGAAGAACGGCAAUGUCGAGGCCGCCCGUGCUUCUCUCGCCAAGAUCCGUGCCACCGAGGCUGAGGUUGAGGAGGAGCUCCACACUAUCCGCAGCGCCAUCGAGUACGAGAAGGAGGCCAUUGGCGGCAUCAGCUACACUGCUCUGUUCAAGGACCCCUCCAUCCGCAAGCGUCUCCUGCUCUGCUCGUGCCUGAACGUUGGCCAGCAGCUCACCGGCCAGGGUACUCUGAACACCUACUCCACCUCGAUCUACAAGCAGGUCUGGAGCGACAACACAACCAUCAACCUGAUCAACGCCCUCAACGCCACCUUUGCCAUCUUCUUCACCUUGAACGCCAUGUGGACUUCUGACCGUUUCGGCCGCCGCUGGCUAUUCAUGGUUGGUUCCGCUGGUAUGGCCAUGUGCAUGCUCAUCGUCCCCAUCAUUGGCCUCAAGACCCCGAACCACUUGUCGCCCACCGGAAAGCCCGUCAAGUCUGAGCCCGUCGGUAUCUCCAUCGUCUUCAUGCUGUUCCUCUUCGCCUUCUUCUACAAGCCUACUUGGGGAGCCACGACUUGGAUCUAUACCAGCGAAGUCUUCAGCAUGAACGUCCGCGCCCAGGCCGUCGGCAUGUGCUCGCAGAUGCAGAACGUCGCCAACACCAUCUUCCAGCAGUUCUUCCCCACCUUCCUCAAGAACGAGGGCCUCAAGUGCCUCUUCUUCUUUAUGGCCAUCAACCUUGUCCUGGGAGUUUUCGUCUACUUCUGCAUCCCCGAGACGAAGCAGAUCCCCCUCGAGGAGAUCGACACCAUCUUCGGCGGCGCCAACCACACCGAGAAGGGAGCCGACAUGCUCCACGGCGAGCCCCACUAUGCCGGAGCCGACAGCACUGCCCCCGUCACCGAGCUCAAGGACGGCUCGGAGGUGCAGCAGACCGAGGCCCGCAAGCAGAUCGUUUGA